CCAGAGAAUGAAGACGAACCUCGCCAUGGUGGAAAUGUAUUUUGGAAUUCGUUUAAACGCAUACUACAAUCCUCAAGGCUUUAUAUUGUAGCAUUUGCUUCAUAUGGGCAUUAUGGUGCUUACACUGCUCGUGGAGAUCAUGCGAUUAUGGAUAUUUCACCAUGCUCUCUUCAUAAAAGCAAUAUGUGGAGAUUUGAAGACGUUUGUUUUACAAGAGAAGAAUUUCACAGUUACUUUAAUUAUUUUUGUGAGAAAAAUCUUCAAAUGUUAAAAGAAGAAGACAUUCCGCUUCUUUCUUGCUAUGUGUCUGAAAUAACAGCUCUCCAUCCCGGUUUAGUUGCCUUUACCAUGAAUCAAAUUCAUAUAAGAUUCGUCAAACAUACUUUUGAGCGUUUGACAUUUGCAAAAGUUUUUGCUUAUCUCAAAUCUUAUGAUUUUAAUGAUCAUUUUAAUGAUAUUCGUGCAAUGCCAAAAAUUACUGAUAUGUCAGAUGAAGAAAUGAGAAUUGCCGAUACUGUACUCUUCAAGAAAGGUGGUCUCGAAAUUAUAACCAAUACAAUUCUGUUUAAGAGUCGAGUUUUUAAGACAAAUAUUCUUGUUGAUACUGGAAUGACAAAAACAGGUUACUCAAGCAUUAACUUUCCAGCACCAUUGCUUCGAGCAACAUAUCUUCAAAAUCGGUUUGGUUUAGUGACACGGCCUAAAUCCCCACCUAAUUCAUUCAAGGAUUUUAUCAUUUCGGUGUUCUCAAAAAUGAACUCUAGGGUGUUACAAAAAAGCUUGGGUGUAGGCAAUGAUUGUCGUCUUCUUGAAUGCGUAUGGCAAAUAGAGUUCUACCGUGCAUCAAUGCAAGUUCUUCCUAUGAACAUUUAUGCUUCUGUAGAUGUUGGAGCAGUAUUUGGAUCAGAGGGCUACUUAGAUUUUUAUAUAAAUGAUCAGCGUAACUGGGCCAUUGAACUAUUGCAAGAAGAAGAUAAAUUGCAAGAACAUCAACAAAGACUUCAAAAAGAUGGUAGAUACGCCUCUAUUCUUAAAUAUGCAAAGGAGUGGGCAAUUAUUGAUAUUCGAAAUAGUAAGAAAAGACCUCCAGAACAAAAGGGAAAAGACGUUAUUUAUGUUCUUUGUGCUCAGAACUUUGAAUCUGUUCAGUUAAUGUAUCCUGAUGGAAGUAACGAUCGUGUUCAAUUGCUAGGUGAAGAAGAAAAUUUACUUGGGUAUGAUAUGUCGGAAUUUUUAGAUGAUUCUACCUAA